CCGACACAAGUACCGGAGUACGGCCUCCCAUUUAAAUCACCAACAUUGGAUUCCUUUAUAAAGCCAUCCAUGGAUGUGCACUGCACUUGACACUGCAAUAAAUUGGAAUUGAUAAUUUCCACAUAACAUCCAAUUCACUUGGUCUUUUUUCUAAUCGUUACCUGUUUGGCAUUUCUUGAGUUGGAUAGAUACUGCCAUAUACACCAGUCAAAGCUGCACAUGAACCGCGGCUAAAUCGAUCAAAGCAAAUAACUAACUAACUGUAGUUCAGUAGGCAAACUGAGUAUAAAUAAUCGGUGUUGUCUAUGCCACAAACAUCAUCAAAGGGCAAACAGGGAAGGGAAUUGGGAUGCUUUGAGGGAACUUCAUCAAACACAGCCUUGACCAUCUUGACCAUCUUGACCAUCUUGACCUUCCUACAUUGAACCAAGUUCACAGAAGCUUACUAAGCAACGAGUACGAGUACGAAGUGCCCCUGAGUCAAGCUCGUAAGCGAAAGCUAUUUCCAGUACCACGGCCCCAGCAUUCGUAACCAUGGCAUCCUCCUUCCCCUUCCACGUGACGGAGCACACUGUGCCCUCGCAGCACAUCCGCGAGUUCCCCCGCGCGACGUCCCGCUCGCAGGAGGACGUGCUGUACCUGAGCGUGAAGCAAUACACGCCCAUUGACAACCCCUCCCCCCAGCCCGGCGACGUCACCAUCAUCGGCGCCCACGCCAACGGCUUCCCCAAGGAGCUCUACGAGCCGCUGUGGGCGGACCUCCACGCCGCCUCUAAAGCCCACGGGUUCCGCAUCCGCGGGAUCUGGAUCGCCGACGUCUCGAACCAGGGGUACAGCGGCGUGCUGAACGAGGACGCGCAGGGCGACGACCCCUCGUGGAACGACCACGCGCGGGACCUGCUGCACCUGACCAACGUGUUCCGGGACUCGAUGCGGCGGCCGCUGGUCGCCGUCGGGCACUCCUUCGGCGCCGCCAUCCUGACCAAGCUCUCGCUGCUGCACCCGCGGCUCUUCACCACCCUCGUCCUCCUCGACCCCACCAUCACCACCUUCUCCCAGCGCCCCCGUGGCCUGAACCCGGGAAAAUCCGCCGCCCGCGCCUCCGCCUUCCGCCGCGAGACCUGGCCCACGCGCGACGCCGCCAUCGCCUCCUUCCGCAAGAACCCCUUCUACCGGACCUGGGACCCCCGCGUCCUCGACGCCUGGAUCCAGCACUCCCUCCGCGACACCCCCACCCCACUCUACCCCAACCCCGCCACCGACGGCGCCGCCACCCUGCGCACCUCGAAGCACCAGGAGGUCUUCACCUUCUUCCGCCCGCUGUGGCCGUACCUCGACCCCUCCACCGGCGCCCUGGACCGAGACGGCGCCCCCGACUUCGACGUCGAGACCUCCGACGUGCCCCUGGACUCGGGCGCCGUCUUCCCCUUCUACCGGUCCGAGGGGGCCGCCGUGCUGAAGCACCUCGCGGAGGUGCGGCCAUCUGUGCUCUGGGUCUUCGGCGGGGAUAGCGAACUCGGCGAGGCCUCGGGCCGCAAGCUCAAGACGGAGCUGUGCGGGACAGGGGCCGGCGGCAGCGGCGGCAUGAAGGCCGGACGGGUGGACCAGAUUGUCGUAGAAGGACGCGGCCACCUGUUCCCCAUGGAGCUGCCGGGCCAGUGUGCGCACUAUGCAGCAGAGUGGAUCGGUAAGGAGAUGAAGCGGUGGCGUGCCAAGGAGCGCGAGUACGAGGAGUGGACUAAACUAUCUACAAAGGAGAAGACGACUCUAAGCGAAAAAUAUCUCGAUAAUGUCGGUCGUCCGCCGCCGAGAAAGGCUAAAUCGCUGGCUAGUUCCGAGUCCAAGUUAUAGGAGCAGCGCCAAGGGCCUAAGUUAUGUGUGUAGUUCGAUAACCUACCAAGGUAGUCACAUAGUAGUUAGAUAUUUAGGUAGGUAGGCAAAGGUUAGAAAGCAGUAAUCAAAGACACAGCGAAUGAAUAUUAAAUACUAUGC